CUCCUAUGUAUAAGGUAAGGGAGAGAACUCUCACAGGGUCCAAAGGAAAGCACCAUUUUGGAAAUCAUGUCUUCUCUAGUGCCCAUGCGCUGCAUGCCACUGAGGCUGAAGCCUGGCCAGGAGUUGAAGACAACGCUCAUGCACUAUGUCCAGGAUCAAAAGUUAAAAGCUGCAUUCAUUGUUACCUGCGUUGGGAGUGUCUUGAGGGCAACCCUUCGUAUGGCCAAUUCCAAAACUAUUACAACAUUUGAAGGGCCAUUUGAAAUAGUUUCCCUUGUGGGAACAUUAAGUGGUGGAGAAGGCCAUCUGCACAUCAGCUUGAGUGACAAGAAUGGAAAGGUUAUUGGCGGGCAUGUUAUUGGUGACCUGGACAUUUACACCACAGCUGAAAUAGUGUUAGGGGAAUGCGAAAAUACUAGUUUUCUGCGAGAAUAUGACAGUGAAACUGGAUAUGAUGAACUUGUAGUCUAUCAUGAUGAAAAAGCCACUGCAUGACUGUUAGAUCCAGUCAAAAUGUUUACCCAGGAAUUAACAAUAACCAGAGAAUACGUGUGAGAUCACAUUUGCUUGCAGGUAUGCCUAAUUAACAUGAGACCCAACAGGCUGUAGCCUUGACAUUAUAAACACAUCAUGUACAACCAUGAUGUAUGUGUUGUUGACCUCCUCCUGUCCACAUUGAUGUUUGUAGGUGUGCACAUCAAGACUGAAAGGGGGUAUAUUCAUCCAGAUUGUAGCACUGUUCUUUACGUAGUCAUUGUAAUAAAAAAAAAA